AUGUCUUCUUUAAAUCAAUAUGAAAUGGAUAUAGAAAAAAGACCGGAGAAAUCAGAGGCUCAUUAUCUUAAGUCUCUCUCUUCAAAGAAUUCAAACGAAGAUCUGAUACAUCGUCAUGUGCAUUCUUUAACUGAUGAUGAUUCAUCAUCUAUUGAGAUCGCCAACGAUGUUUUCGAAACAAAAUUGUCAUGGUACAACCGAUUCAUCGGUGGUCUAAAUGCUGAAACACACGGUAUCGAACCUAUUCCAGACGAGAUGAGAAACGACACCUCAUUAUUGAACGCUGCAUCAAUGUGGUUCUCGGCUAAUAUGGUCUUACCAGCUUAUGCGUUGGGUGCAUUAGGUCCAUUAGUCUUUGGUUUGAAUUUUGGGACUUCAGUUUUGGUGAUUAUAUUCUUUAAUAUGUUGGGUUUACUUUCGGUUGCAUACUUUUCCUUAUUCGGUAUUGAGUUGGGUUUAAGACAAAUGGUCUUGUCUCGUUAUUUAUUGGGAAACGUCACCGCUAGAAUAUUUGCUACUAUUAACACCAUUGCUUGUGUCGGUUGGGGGAUUGUUAACACUGUCGCGGCUGCACAAUUGUUAAACUUGGUUAAUUCCGGUUCAGGUCACAAUUUACCUUUAUGGGCGGGUUGUCUAUUGAUCAUCGCAAUCACUUUAAUCGUUACUUUCUUUGGUUACAAAGUCAUUCACACUUACGAAAAAUGGUCAUGGGUUCCAAACUUCGCCAUUUUCUUAGUUAUCCUUGCGAGAUUAGCCAGAUCUGGUCAUUUCGUUAACACCGAAUGGGGUAGUGGUGCCACAGUUGCAGGUUCUGUUUUAUCAUUUGGUUGUUCUGUUUUUGGUUUUGCUGCAGGCUGGACUACUUAUGCCUCUGAUUACACUGUCUACAUGCCAAGAGAUUUGAACAAGUACAAGAUUUUCUUCGCAUUAGUUGGUGGUUUAGCUUUCCCAUUGUAUUUCACUAUGAUGUUAGGUGCAGCAAGUGCUGCUGCCGCCGUCAAUUACACUCCAUGGGCAGAUUUAUACAAUUCUAACGGUAUGGGUGGUGUUGCUUACGGUAUCUUAGUCACUGAUUCUUUGCAUGGUUUUGGUCAAUUCUGUUGUGUUUUGUUGGCUUUGUCCACUAUCUCUAACAACGUUCCAAACAUGUACACUGUUGCUUUAUCUGUUCAAGCUGUUUGGGAACCAUUUGCCAAAGUUCCAAGAAUUGUAUGGACGUUACUUGCUAAUGGUUUCACUUUAGCUAUUGCUAUCCCAUGUUGUUACUACUUCGCUACUUUCAUGCAAUACUUUAUGGAUGCGAUUGGUUAUUAUCUAUCGAUUUACAUUGCUAUUGGUUUAUCUGAACAUUUGAUAUGGAGAAAGAAUAAUUACAGAAGCUAUAUUGUUGAGGAUUGGGACAAUUGGUCUAAGCUUCCUAUUGGUAUUGCUGGUACUUCUGCUCUAAUCGUUGGUCUAUUUGGCGUAGCUCUAGGUAUGGUUCAAUCUUAUUGGGCUGGUGAAAUCGGUAGAUUAAUCGGUGAAUACGGUGGGGAUAUAGGUUUCGAAUUGGGUUUAAGUUGGUCAUUUAUUGUUUACAAUAUAGUUAGACCAUUGGAAUUGAAAUACUACGGACGUUAG